AUGCGAGACGCGAAGCAUGCUCAGCAGCCGCAUGUUAUGCUCUUGACUUCAGGCUUCCCAGAUUUCAGACAAGGCGUUCAAAUAGCGAGUUCAUUGGAAGAAGACGAAAUCAUUACAGCAAAUACUAAGGGUGGUAGGAGGCACGUCAAUCAAAUGUUGCUCGUCACUCUAUUAAAUUGUGUUAAGAGUGGAUGCACUUUUCACUUAUUCAAGUUUUUCCUUGACCAGAUGGUUUGGGAUAUGAUGUGUAGAGAGAGUGUGAGAAUUUGUGGUGGCAGAGGAAAAUAUGUGAAGAUUGAGGAGAUCGUGAAGGUGGCGAUUGCUGUCGUCAACUGUCAAUGUAUUCUUGACCAGCUAGGCAUCAACUCUCAGAUUGUGUUCCAGAGAUUUCAUCCAGACUACAUCUCUAGCUUGAAGCUAGUUUGCUCGAUCAGAUCCGAGGGUGAGCUUCUAUCCAUGUCAUGCCACCUGAAGAUCUCUCUUUCCAGAUGUCUACUUUCAUUCCAGACAUUAUUUGUUAUUAUAUUUGAGAUAUACUACAUUCUUUAGACAUUGUUGGUUAGAGUCCUUGUAUGAUGACUUUCAGAUUGGGGGUGUAAUAGUUAGA